UGCACGGGCAACUUAUGUUUGGGAAAAAUGCUUGCAAAUCAUUGGUCGACGUUUUUAUUCGGUUAUGGUUAAUGUAAAACAUUGAUGUAAAAAGUAUAUAAAUGGCACCAAUUGCAUCAUUUUGCCAUUUCAAAGUAUUCUUCCAUCUUCUACGAAUUCGAUAAAAAGCGAUCGAGUCAGUAGAGACGGGAAAGAUGAUGCUUGUUCGACUUUCGUUUUAUUUCGCACUUUGUGCAUUGGCGCUCGGCAGCUAUCCACCGAAAAAGUGCAACGUAAAAGAGGUGAGUGAGAAGUACUACUACGACUUCCAUCAUGGCCAACAAGAUACAUAUGGUGGAUACAAACCACGCGGAAGAGAUUGCAAAAAAUCAAAUUUCGCGCCCGCAAAAGCAGGAUAUUGUCCAAAUCUCAAAUAUGGUUUUGUACAAAAUGAUAAAUCUUGUCCCGACCGACCGUGUUAUACUAAGGUGUUCAAGGCAAUCAGUAGAUGUCAUGGCAAAGUAUGGCUCUCUAAAGUGUACCACUAUAGAGCAAAAGAAUGCAGUUCAUAUUCUGGAAAAUCUUGCCAAAAUUUUGGGUUCAAUCGUCAGCCACACGGUAGAUAUAAACGAAGCUCUGGAGAAUAUCUUGGACCGCGUUCAGUUCCUCAUGUAUCGAAUUCAGGUAGCUAUGGAGCGUCAUCCCAUCGUGGAUCGAAUUCAGGUGGCUAUGGAGCGUCAUCCUAUCGUGAAUCGAAUUCAGGUAGCUAUGCAGCGUCAUCCCAUCGUGGAUCGAAUUCAGGUGGCUAUAGAGCGUCAUCCUAUCGUGGAUCGAAUUCAGGUAGCUAUGGAGCGUCAUCCCAUCGUGGAUCGAAUUCAGGUAGCUAUGGAGCGUCAUCCCAUCGUGGAUCGAAUUCAGGUGGCUAUGGAGCGUCAUCCCAUCGUGGAUCGAAUUCAGGUGGCUAUGGAGCGUCAUCCCAUCGUGGAUCGAAUUCAGGUGGCUAUGGAGCGUCAUCCCAUCGUGGAUCGAAUUCAGGUGGCUAUGGAACGUCAUCCCAUCGUGGAUCGAAUUCAGGUGGCUAUGGAACGUCAUCCCAUCGUGGAUCAAAUUCAGGUGGCUAUGGAGCGUCAUCCCAUCGUGGAUCGAAUUCAGGGGGUUAUGGAACGUCAUCCCAUCGUGGAUCGAAUUCAGGUGGCUAUGGAACGUCAUCCCAUCGUGGAUCAAAUUCAGGUAGCUAUACUUCCAAUCGUCAGCCACAACGUAGAUUGAAACGAAGCCUUGGAGAUUAUAUUGGAUCGGGUUCAGUUCCUCAUGUAUCGAAUUCAGGUAGCUAUGGAUCGGGCUAUCACCCCGUUGGGCCGAAACCAAGAAUCUACAGCAAAUGCUCUUGUUACACGUUCAAGUGCACCCAUGAGUUUGAAGCAUGCUAUGAACACAAAGGCGUCUACUACAAGGACACCGUGACAGCACAGGUGCCUUGUGGAUGUUCCUGCUACGAAAGAUCCAAGCAAUGGAAAUAGAUUCUAUAUCACCAUAAUUCAAUACUAUGAAACUGCAAAAUAUACUGGCUGAUUAAAAAUUUGAUAAAAACCAAUUAUGUAUUUUUUCAUGGGAGCUUUAGUGUAUCUUUAGUAUCAUCACCUAUUACUAAUUCAUGCAUAAUAUUAGAACGAUUUUAAGAUUUCGGAGAUUUGUUCAUUGCUUCUGCUUGCUGUACUAUAUUUGAGUGGAUAAUAAUAAAUAUGACUUAUCGACUAUAAAACAUCUUCUGGGCGAUAACCUAACGUUUUUAUUGCCGAUAUAUUCAAUAACUCAGUAAUUAACAUAUACAAAGGUUGUUGGUAGCGCUUCAUCGGAACCCAUCCACAGCAUGUAUAUAGACAAGUAUAUAUCUAUAAAACCCGUGUAUAUGACUAGCUCAUACUUACCAUCUUGUUUGAAAAAAGUUGAUAUUUGCCUCGUUAGAUUAUCAACACAUGCGC